AUGGCAGAAGUACCGCCCAAAGAUUCGUCUCCUGCACCUCCUCCACCCCCUCAAAAUUCUCCUUCUGCCUCCUCCACUUCACUUCGCACUCCUCCCUCCCCUGUGAUCUCCCUUCUGUCCCACACUCCUUCCCAACCUCCACUUCGUACUCCCUCCCAUGAAGUCCCUCCUUCUCUCUCCAACACUUCAACUCCCUCUGAAAUCCCUCCUUCUCUUUCCUUCACACUUCACACUCCCUCACCUGAAGUCCCUCCUUCUCGCUCCCACACACCGCCACUUCGCACUCCUCCAUCACCUCAAACUCCUCCAAACUACUUAGUUUCCUCUACACCUCUUCGGUCGCCUUCACUUUCCUCUCCUUAUUCUUAUUCCUCAACUUCAAUCUCUGUCAUAUCCGGUAUGUUCUCCUCUCCAUUUCAUUCACCGUCUGAUGAUAUCCUGAUGUUGCAGGAUGAAUCAAAUUUCUCUUCUGAUGAAGACAUUCAAGAAGAGAUAUACCACAUUGGAUUCCUGCAUCCUUGUGAAGAAUAA